AUGCGUAAAUGGAAUGCUCAGUUCAAAUCCCUCCGUACUCCAGCCAACUAUUUGGUCAUCAAUCUGGCGAUCGCUGACUUCAUUAUCAUGCUGGAGGCACCACUCUUCGUUUACAACAGCUACCACCAGGGUCCCGCUACCGGGAAUGUUUGGUGCACGAUCUACGCCCUGCUCGGUGCCGUCGGUGGCACAGUGGCCAUUGUCACGCUCACCAUGAUCUCGAUCGAUCGUUACAACGUAGUGGUAUACCCGCUGAAUCCUAAACGCUCGACUACCAGACUGAAGGUCGCACUCAUGAUUGUAUUCGCCUGGAUCUAUGGGUUGGUCUUCUCGGUCAUCCCCGCGCUGGACAUCGGCCUUAGCCGGUACACUCCUGAAGGAUUCCUCACCGCGUGCAGCUUCGACUAUCUGGAACGUACGUGGGAUGCCCGGCUGUUCAUGUUUCUGUACUUCAUCUUCGCCUGGGUGGUCCCGAUCAUUGCCAUCACGUUUUGCUACAUCCAGAUCUUGAGAGUCGUCAUAGGUGCCAACAGUAUCCAGUCGAGUAAGAACAAGAGCAAAACUGAAGUCAAGCUGGCCGGAGUGGUCAUCGGUAUCAUUGGGUUGUGGUUCAUCGCGUGGACUCCAUACGCCAUAGUUGCGAUGAUGGGAGUGUUCGGGUAUGAAAGUCUGCUUAGUCCUUUGGGUUCGAUGGUCCCCGCAAUCCUUGCUAAGACGGCUGCAUGCAUUGAUCCUUACUUCUACGCCAUGAACCACCCUCGCUACCGACAGGAAUUGAGGAAGAUGUUCGGCCUUAAUCAGCAGGAUCUCGGAAACUCGCAAUACCAGACUUCGCGCUAUACGAGGAACGCCUCCCGGAUGGACGACUCCGAGGGUGGUGCCAGUGAGCGGGUCACUAUUGGACGACAACCAGCGGCCGACGACACGUCGCUGUCCGUUUCGAUCGACCUGACCGAGACCAAUCCCAACAGCAAUCACUAGGGCAGGUGAUGGCGCGCCCGGCAGCCAGUACAAGUACUGGUCACCUACCGGACGUCCAGGGAUAUCGAUGACGACGACCGCGCAGUGGAAGAGGAAACGUUCGAGUGUUAGUUGGGGGUUCAAAUCUGACGAGCUCUGAAAGAUCGUGGAUUUCAGAGCGAUUCUUGACUUUUUAUAACUAGAAAUAAUUGAAAAGUGCCUUCUCGUGAUAGUUUUUUUAAGGAACGUACUAGACUUGAGGUUGUUUUAGAGUACAACGACGGUACACAUGUACAAUUCAAACGAAAGCCGCGUGUGGAGCUUUUGAAGUAGGUCUUAAGGUAAUAUUUAUUGAAAUGGACGAGAGGGAUGAUCCCAUCCAACUGAGCCAUUAACUAGAUGAUGAUAUCCAAUUUUAUCAGGCGGUAUUGUACAGCUAGAGAAGUUGGAAACACAUUCCCCGCCUAAAGUAUGUCUGCUUCCAUAAAUUCUUCAACUAUCAUUAAUUAUUACGGAAAAGUCAUGGUUUCAUUGUGCCAAGGUUCGAAAGUGAAUACGGCGCUUUUAAUUAAUCAAUAAGGCAUAAUUUAAAAACAGACGUUCGAAAGGGAAAAGCAAAAGGGACACAUUUAUUGUUAACUUAUUUAACUCGAUCUUACUACCCUAUAGUACUACAAUCUUUAUUAUCUUCUUAUAUUUGUAAGUUGGAUCUUAUUAUGUUCAGUUCGUUAUGCUUUAUUAAAAAAUCUAUUAUUUCUA